AACUGGAGCAGCUGUUUGGUCAAAUAUGUUCUCAUUGUUAUAUCUGUGGUAUGCUUAGCUAAAAUACCAAGUAAGCUCGCCAAAUACGUUGUGUUAGGUAUAUGAAAAAAGGUCAAACAAUGGGAGCAGGAGCUGAAAGAUGGUAGCCCAGAGAAAAUAGUUCAGCUCUUGCGAGUCGCUCGGGGUCUUCUUAAGAAAAUAGGUGGAAGGCAAAGGAAUUAAAGUGGGAACAAGAGUUUGAGGCUCUGCAAGAGCGGGACAAUCAAAUCAAGAUGCUGACAGAGAAAGUAUGCGGGGGAGAUGGAGAGAAAUGCCCUGCUCAUAGAGGAACUCAAGAAUCCCCUGAAAAAAGACAGAGGCUUGCUAUCAGCCAUCCAGCAGAGGAAGCUGGACAAGCUCAAUCCUAAACUGCAAGCCACAGAGACAAGAGCACGGGAGGCAGAACGUGUGGCUGAGCUAGCCGAGACAGAUGCCAGGGACACCCUAAACCACAUGAUAAUCUACGAGUCUGGCACUGAUGGUCUGCAGGUGGCCAUCGCUGAGAUCAAAGAAUGUAAGAAUCAGAUGAGAGUGUGAGACGGCGAGACGGAGGCCAUGACCACAGAUAUCAACCAGCUGGAAAUGAGAAUCAAUGCAGAUGUUAAGGAAAGUCUCGGUCUGGAGCCCCAAGAGGAAGUGGAUCUGACGGAAUUCAGAAGAACCGAAUCCCUGAAACAGAGGCAGUUCAAAGCAGAGAACCAGGAUCUCACCAAAGAAAUCGAACGACUGGAAGGGGAGGUACUUGAACUGAAGAAACAAAUCAGAGGAAUGGUAAAGGACGGAGGUAAACACCAGAGGUGGCACCAAGUCACCUAUCAUUCGAGUCACAAGGUCCGAGUUUCAAGUCAAGUCCCAUGUAGAACUUGUCAAGGCCAAGUUGUGCAUUCUAAGCGCAAGUAGAGUCGAGUCGCAAGUCAAGUAAAAAAAAACAUGUAUACAUGAAAUGACUUGUUCAACUACAAAUCAAUCAAUCAAAUGUAUUUAUAGAGCUCUUCUUACAUCAGCCAAUGUCACAAAGUGCUAAAUCUUUGUCUAUUUAUCGAGUCUACCAGACAGCCCUUUUCAUGAGUUUGUCUACAACACAUUUUGAUUAGCCUAUUUAAUUGUAAAAUAGGGACCUUGUAGCAGUUGUAAGGGCAUGAAAUCAGCAGAAGGCAAGGCAGGUUGACGUGCUCAAGAGUGUAGAUUUAUUUACAGGUUUAGUUGAUCCAACGGUGAAAGUGCCAUAUCAUACAAAAUAUACAAGUAGAUUUACCAAAGAUAUAUGGGCAAUAGCCCAAAAGGAAUAGCCUCUGUAUCAGGCUUAACCUGUCCUAUCUGAACGGACACAGGCGAGAGGGCAAAACUCUAAAGCGUCCCCUUGAGACACAAAAUUUAAUCUGUUUAACAGCUCAAACAGGUAGACCUACAUAAUAUAAGCACUUGGCCCACAGAACCAUACAAUUACCCAAUUGGCAAAUACAAUCAAUAAACUGGUUCUACAAUGUAAAAGGCAAUUUCCACAUCCUUUGUUAUAUUGGUACAUUCGUCUUAAUCAGACUUAAUGAAUCUUAAUGAUAUUUCAACACCAUGUGUAACAGUAAAACAUUAGACCGUCCCCUCGCCCAUACCCGGGCGCGAACCAGGGACCCUCUGCACACAUCAACAACAGUCACCCACGAAGCAUCGUUACCCAUCGCUCCACAAAUGCCGCGGCCCUUGC